GUAGAAAAUUUUCAUUCAUCUAAAUUUUUGUUUUAUUUUACAGUGGUCACUGGGUGUUGGUUGCUAUGGAUCUUUCGAGACUAAUAGUGUAUUAUCUCGAUUCUUUAUCGGGUGAUUGGAGUAAAUAUCCGAAUAUGAAGAAGACGGUUGACGCGGCAAUAAUAAAAUUUAGAACGAAAAAGAAUUACCGCAAUAGGAAGGACAUUACCUGGAUCAGAGUUCAGUGUCCUCAGCAAAAUAAUUCGGUCGAUUGCGGAUUUUUUGUAUUGAGAUUUAUGAGAGACAUCAUUGCGUUGAAUCGUAUAGACAUCCCAAAAAUGUACUUUGAGGAAUACAAAUCUUACUCAAGAGCAAAUUUGGAUGAAAUGAAGGAUGAAUUGUGUCAAUUCAUUGUUGAUCAAAGAAUCAUAUAGCUAGGUUGUAUAUUGUUGUACAUAUAUGUAUGGAAUGUUGUUGUUGU